ACCGCCACCUGAGGUAGCCGCUGUAGCAAGACAAGCUUCCUGGACAGCCAAAGCUCCCAUCAGACAUCAUGUACAAGCUGGUGAUCCUGCCCCUGUUGUUCGCCGCGGUCUCGGCCGGCCUGGUGGGACAUGGCAUCCCGGCGCUCGGCUCCGUGGCGGUCCACGCUCCGGUCGUAGCUGGCCCCGCCCUGGGCUCCGUGGCGAUCCACGCCCCCGUCGUAGCUGGCCCCGCCCUGGGCUCCGUGGCGGUGCACGCCCCCGUCGUAGCCGCCGCCCCCCUCGCCUCCUCCUACACCAGCGUGAUCAGGGGCCCCGCCGUCGCCACUCUGCCGCUGGCCGCGCACGGGCCCGCCGUCAUCGCCGCUCAUGGCAUCCACGGCUGAGACCACCACACUACCCUCGCACUGAGCCCGCCUCGAGCUGACAAGCCGCAAUAAACGAUACCCAACACCAACCAGGUCUUUCAUUGGUACUGCACUGUUGACCCUAGGUGUCGUACCUAGAUAUAACCCUUGAUUUCCUAUCCUCGCAUCUGAUAUUCGUUAUAAAUAUUGUCGCGAUGUUGGGGUUAAUUGUACAGAAAUAAUUCAAAUGUAAUCAAAUAAGUAGGUAAAAGUCUACAAAUAGUUGACUUUAACUUUAUUGGGGGGCAAAAGUAACUCUAGCUAAACUCGCUUGGCAUCUACUUAAAAUGUCCUAUCCUUGCAUCUGAAUUUUCUGACCUUUUUGACAGUUUAAACGUUCACUUGCUUCUCCCUGCUCUUUAAUUAAAAAUACGGAAUAUUUUAUUUGCGAGAACAGAAGCUUGAGUAAUUAGUGGAACCCCACCUGUUGUUUUUUCUUUACUGCCGACAAACUUCUGGGAAUAAUUUUAUGUUAUAAUUUUUUUAUAUGUGCUCUAUUCUGACUUUUCUUCAAGUGAUACACUUCUGGCAAAUAUAUUUUUAAAAAAUAUAUGCGAAAUUUCGAUAGUUUAAUAUUUAGUGAUGGAUGAAAGAGGAGUAUUUUAGUGCUAAAAUGGUCAUGGACUGGCUUAAUUGUCACAACGCUCUAGGCACUUGCGGAGAUAAUAGUAAUAAGAAUUAUUGAAAGUAAAUACAUUGUGCAUUCA